CCCUAAACAGAACCAGAGAGAAAAGAAAACAGAGUGUUGAUUCCUCCCUACACCUUCAACCCUUCCACGCCGGAUUUUGAAGAAAAAACAAACAACCCCUUUUCGAAAGGUUUGAUUUUUCGCGAUCCCACUACAUCCAAAGUUCCUGACAAUGACCGUCCCUGCAGAAGAUGCCACAUUCGUCGAUGACGACGGCCGUCCCAGGCGUACUGGCGGCGUGUGGACGACGAGCGCUCACAUAAUCACAGCAGUGAUUGGGUCCGGAGUGCUGUCAUUGGCUUGGGCCGUGGCUCAGCUUGGUUGGAUCGCCGGCCCGAUUACGAUGCUCUGUUUCGCUCUCGUGACGUACUGCACUUCGACUCUGCUUUCUUACUGCUACAGGUCAGGGGAUCCUGUUUUAGGCACCAGAAGUUACUCUUACAUGGACGCCGUCGGUUCCAGCCUCGGGAAGUUCCAUCAUAAGCUGUGUGGGUGUGUCCAGCAAUUCAAUCUCUUCGGAUCGGCAGUUGGCUACACAAUAGCAUCGGGUGUAAACAUGCUGGCGAUCAGGCAGACCCAUUGCACUCACAGAAGCAGCGGCGGCGGCUCCUCCUCCGGCGCUUGUAGCACGAACGCAAGCCCUUACAUAAUUGCAUUCGGCGUUGCGCAGCUGAUCCUGUCUCAGAUCAAGAAUUUUGGUCAGCUGUGGUGGCUGUCGUCGGUGGCUGCAGCCAUGUCCUUCACUUACUCUUUCAUUGGGCUAGGGCUCGAAAUAGCGAAAUUCGCAUCGACGGGGAGGAUCAAGGGAACCAUAACUGGAGUCAGCAUAGGCCCAACCGUCACUCCACUGCAGAAGGUCUGGAGGGUCUUCCAGGCGCUGGGGAACAUCGCUUUCGCCUAUUCCUACAACAUGAUCCUAAUCGAAAUUCAGGACACAGUGAAAUCGCCACCAUCAGAACUCGAAACAAUGAAGGUCGCGAAUCGAUUCAGCGUGGCAGUGACGACCCUCUUCUACAUGCUGUGCGGCUGCUUCGGGUACGCAGCAUUCGGGGACUCGUCCCCGGGCAACCUGCUUACAUCGACGGGGCUAAAGCCUUACUGGCUACUCGACAUCGCGAACGUCGCGGUCGUACUUCACCUGUUGGGCGCGUACCAAGUCUACAGCCAGCCGCUCUUCGCAUUCGUCGAAGAGCUAGCCGCCAAGUGGUUCCCGGACAGCCGGUUCGUGAACAAGGAGAUCAAAAUCCGGCUUCCGGGAAGCAGCAAGGAUGGCAACUACUACUACAAUUUCAACAUGUUUAGGCUGGUCUGGAGGACGGUUUUCGUGGUGGUGUCGACGGUGAUUUCGGUGCUGGUUCCGUUCUUCAAUGACGUGGUCGGGCUGCUGGGGGCGAUCGGGUUCUGGCCGCUGACGGUUUACUUCCCCGUGGAGAUGUACAUUGCGGAGAGGAAGCUAGCGAGGUGGAGCCGGACGUGGGUGUUGCUCAAGUUGUUGAGCUUUGGUUGUUUAUUGGUCACUCUGGUUGCGGCGGCUGGGUCCGUUGCUGGAAUCAUUGAUGAUCUUAAAGCUUCGAAAGGUUCGUAGAUAGAUGAGGGUGGUGACGAAGGAAUUAAUGGGAGAUUAGGGUUUUAGUUUAGGUGUAAGUUGUUUGACAGUGUUUUGUUUGGAACAUAGUUUAGUUCUCUGCUCGAAUGUGUAAAAUAUGUUCUGGAUGUGAUGUUCAUAUAGUUUCAGUUGUUAUUCUCGGUCCAAGUAUUUUGAACCUCGUGCAUUUUCCUUUUGAAUGUGUGGUUCAUAUUUGUCAAAGGAAAAAAAGAGCCCCAACUUUGAACGGACGGGAACAAAAUGCGCGACAACCUAAGAACUAGGCACAAGUCAACCCACCAACAUUUUUUUCGGUUGCAUGACUGUUUGUAUAUCUAUUUUGGUAGGGUGUAGGUAGGGGUGUUCAAAUUGUUAUCAUGUUAACACGAAAACUAAAUUAACUAAAUCAAAGUUUAAUUGGUUUGGUCAAUCGGAUUUUCGGAUUAACCAAAUAACAUAAUAUUACAUGAAAACAAUUAUCUUCUUAAUGAAUAAAACAUAACCAU